AGUUCCUGGCGGGGCCUGGCAGUAACCUUGGGGUCUUCGCCGCCGCCGCUGCCGCCGCGGUGGGCUUUGUGAGUCCGUGCCUCAGCCGGUGCCUGGUCGGUUAUCUGCUGGGAGCCGCCCGGGUUGCGGAGGAGGACGCCGAGGGCCGUAGGGAGCAGGCACCGCGGGCGCAGGCCCGCCCAGCCGACAUGUCUCUGGUGGCGGAAGCCUUCGUCUCCCAGAUCGCAGCUGCAGAACCUUGGCCUGAAAAUGCUACGUUAUAUCAGCAAUUGAAAGGGGAGCAAAUUUUGCUUUCUGACAAUGCAGCUUCUCUUGCUGUGCAGGCCUUUUUGCAAAUGUGUAAUCUGCCUAUCAAAGUGGUUUGUAGGGCGAAUGCAGAAUAUAUGUCUCCAUCUGGUAAAGUACCUUUUAUUCAUGUAGGAAAUCAAGUAGUAUCAGAACUUGGUCCAAUAGUCCAAUUCGUUAAAGCCAAGGGCCAUUCUCUUAGUGAUGGGCUGGAUGAAGUCCAAAAAGCAGAAAUGAAAGCCUACAUGGAAUUAGUCAACAACAUGCUGUUGACUGCAGAGUUGUAUCUUCAGUGGUGUGAUGAAGCAACAGUAGGGGAGAUUACUCAUGCUAGGUAUGGAUCUCCUUACCCUUGGCCUCUGAAUCAUAUUUUGGCCUAUCAGAAACAGUGGGAAGUCAGACGUAAGAUGAAAGCUAUUGGAUGGGGUAAGAAGACUCUGGACCAGGUCUUAGAAGAUGUAGACCAGUGCUGUCAAGCUCUUUCUCAAAGACUGGGAACACAGCCAUAUUUCUUCAAUAAGCAGCCUACUGAGCUAGACGCACUCGUAUUUGGCCAUCUGUACACCAUUCUUACCACACAAUUGACCAACGAUGAACUUUCUGAGAAGGUGAAAAACUAUAGCAACCUCCUUGCUUUUUGCAGAAGAAUUGAACAGCACUAUUUUGAAGAUCAUGGUAAAGGCAGCUCAUCUAUCAGAUUGUCUUAGAGUUAUGUGUUAAUUUAGUUAUUUAAAAAAAAUUAACUUUUGAAAUAUAUGUUACUUGAAUGAUAUAAUUGAUAAUGGUAUCAGAAUUUUAAAACCAAAAACACUGCUUUUCAAAACCUCAAAACAAAUUAUAUAAUGUAUCCUACACGUGCUUUAUACUAUUAUUUUGUGUACACAUUAAAAUAAUGUUAAAUGAUAUCAUUUGAUAUGUUGUACUCUAUAUCUUGAAAUUUUUGUUUUCUUGAAAUAUGUAUGCAUAUACAAAUAAAGCUCAAACAACUGUA